UGGUGCCUCUUUCCUUCCAUCAGAAACAUGCGAGAACGUGGACUGUGGACCCGGGAAGAAAUGUAAAAUGAACAAGAAGAACAAACCUCGGUGUGUUUGUGCUCCGGAUUGCUCUAAUAUCACUUGGAAGGGCCCCGUGUGUGGCUUAGAUGGGAAAACCUACAGGAACGAGUGUGCCCUUCUCAAAGCCAGAUGUAAAGAACAGCCCGAACUUGAAGUCCAGUAUCAGGGCAAAUGCAAAAAGACCUGUAGGGAUGUUUUAUGCCCGGGGAGCUCCACGUGUGUGGUUGACCAAACCAACAACGCCUACUGUGUGACAUGUAAUCGAAUUUGUCCAGAGCCUACCUCUCCUGAACAGUAUCUCUGCGGGAACGAUGGCAUAACUUACGCCAGUGCCUGUCACCUGAGGAAAGCUACCUGCCUGCUGGGCAGAUCCAUUGGACUAGCCUACGAAGGAAAAUGCAUCAAAGCCAAAUCCUGUGAAGACAUUCAGUGCAGUGCUGGGAAGAAAUGCUUGUGGGAUUUUAAGGUUGGCAGAGGUCGGUGCGCCCUCUGCGAUGAGCUGUGCCCUGAAAGCAAGUCGGAUGAGGCAGUCUGUGCCAGUGAUAACACUACUUACCCAAGCGAGUGUGCCAUGAAAGAGGCAGCCUGUUCCAUGGGCAUGCUUCUAGAAGUAAAGCACUCUGGAUCUUGCAACUCCAUUAAUGAAGACCCAGAGGAUGAAGAGGAAGAUGAAGACCAGGACUACACCUUUCCUAUAUCUUCCAUUCUAGAGUGGUAAAACCUCCAUCACUAUUGGAACAGCCAUUGGGCACAAAAUCAAUGUCCAUACUGUAAAUAAGUGUAUGCUUAUUUAUUUUGGGGAGAAAAAAAAGUAUACAUAUAGUUGAGUCUCGUAGACAUUUAUUUAUACUGUGUCAUGUUUUAUAAUUUAUACAUAAAAUGUCUGGUUGACUGUACACCUUGUUUUUUGAAGAAAUUUAUUCGUUACGGGAAGAGCAGUGUUAUUUAUUGUGAGGUCUCUUGCUUGUAAAGUAAAGCUUUUCUUUUUUCUUGUAAACUAUAAAAGUCCAUUCCUUAUAGCCUACCCACAUGAUCUCAUCUCUUAGGUUCACUGAUGUUAACUCUUUUCCACUUUAACAAACUUGCAUGUCGGUUUCUGUUACAUUUAUUUAUUGGAUUUUCUUCUUGCCGGUUCUGUACAUAAAAGAUCCCUCGUGUUUUUGUUUACAAGGAAUCUUGACUGACCAAAAGGCGUUGUAACUGACUUAAGUAUACUUUCAGAGUGCAGUGAGGCAAUCUUUAAGGAAACUUCUUCCACUUCCUUUUUCUCUACUUCUGUACAUCAUGU